CCCGCGCCCCCGCCGCCCGCCCGCCGCCCGGGCCCCGCCGCGCGCCCCCCGCGUCCCCGCCGCCCCCGGGGCAUGGCCUGUCUGAUGGCCGCUUUCUCGGUCGGCACCGCCAUGAACGCCAGCGGUUACUCUGCCGCCAUGACGGAGCCCAAGUCGGUGUGUGUCUCGGUGGACGAGGUUGUCUCCGGCGGCCUGGAGGAGGCCGAGACGGACCUUCUGAACGGACACUUGAAGAAAGUGGACAACAACCUCACGGAGGCCCAGCGCUUCUCCUCGCUGCCUCGGAGGGCAGCCGUCAACAUCGAGUUCAAGGACCUUUCCUACUCGGUUCCCGAAGGCCCGUGGUGGAGGAAGAAAGGCUACAAGACCCUUCUGAAAGGCAUCUCGGGGAAAUUCAACAGCGGCGAGCUGGUGGCCAUCAUGGGGCCCUCGGGGGCCGGGAAGUCCACGCUCAUGAACAUCCUGGCCGGGUACAGGGAGACCGGCAUGAAGGGGGCCGUCCUCAUCAACGGCCUGCCCCGCGACCUGCGCUGCUUCCGGAAGGUGUCCUGCUACAUCAUGCAGGACGACAUGCUCCUGCCGCACCUCACCGUGCAGGAGGCCAUGAUGGUGUCUGCCCACCUGAAGCUGCAGGAGAAGGACGAGGGCCGGAGGGAGAUGGUCAAGGAGAUCCUCACGGCCCUGGGCUUGCUGUCCUGCGCCAACACGCGCACCGGCAGCCUGUCUGGUGGCCAGCGGAAGCGCCUGGCCAUCGCCCUGGAGCUGGUCAACAACCCCCCCGUCAUGUUCUUUGACGAGCCCACCAGCGGCCUGGACAGCGCCUCCUGCUUCCAGGUAGUGUCCCUGAUGAAAGGCCUGGCCCAGGGGGGCCGGUCCAUCGUGUGCACCAUCCACCAGCCCAGCGCCAAGCUCUUUGAGCUCUUUGACCAGCUUUACGUCCUAAGUCAAGGACAGUGUGUGUACCGCGGGAAGACCUCGAACCUCGUGCCCUAUUUGAGGGAUUUAGGGCUUAACUGCCCCACCUACCACAACCCGGCCGACUUCGUGAUGGAGGUGGCGUCCGGGGAGUACGGAGACCAGAACGGCCGGCUGGUGAGGGCCGUGCGGGAGGGCCUGUGCGACGCCGACCGCAAGCGGGGCCUCGGGGGCGACGCCGAGGUGAACCCUUUCCUCUGGCACCGGCCCUCUGAAGAGGUAAAGCAGACAAAACGAUUGAAGGGGUUGAGAAAGGACUCGGCCUCCAUGGAGGGCUGCCACAGCUUCUCGGCCAGCUGCCUCACCCAGUUCUGCAUCCUCUUCAAAAGGACCUUCCUCAGCAUCAUGAGGGACUCGGUCCUGACGCACCUGCGGAUCACCUCGCACAUCGGGAUCGGGCUCCUCAUCGGCCUGCUCUACCUGGGCAUCGGGAACGAAGCCAAGAAGGUCUUGAGCAACUCCGGCUUCCUCUUCUUCUCCAUGCUGUUCCUCAUGUUUGCCGCCCUCAUGCCCACCGUGCUGACCUUCCCCCUGGAGAUGGGCGUCUUCCUGCGAGAACACCUGAAUUACUGGUACAGCCUGAAGGCCUACUACCUCGCCAAGACCAUGGCCGACGUCCCCUUCCAGAUCAUGUUCCCGGUGGCGUACUGCAGCAUCGUGUACUGGAUGACGUCGCAGCCCUCCGACGCCGUGCGCUUCACGCUGUUCGCCGCGCUGGGCACCAUGACGUCGCUCGUGGCCCAGUCCCUGGGGCUGCUGAUCGGGGCCGCCUCCACGUCGCUGCAGGUGGCGACGUUUGUGGGUCCCGUGACAGCCAUCCCCGUCCUGCUCUUCUCGGGCUUCUUCGUCAGCUUUGACACCAUCCCAGCCUACUUGCAGUGGAUGUCCUACAUCUCCUACGUCAGGUACGGCUUCGAGGGCGUCAUCCUCUCCAUCUACGGCCUGGACCGAGAAGACCUGCACUGUGACAUCGACGAGACGUGUCACUUCCAGAAGUCGGAGGCCAUCCUGCGCGAGCUGGACGUGGAGAACGCCAAGCUCUACCUGGACUUCGUCGUGCUGGGCAUCUUCUUCAUCUCCCUGCGCCUCAUCGCCUACUUCGUCCUGAGGUACAAGAUCCGGGCCGAGAGGUAAAACCCCCGGAGCCGCCAGGAGGCAAGGCAGACAUGGCGGCCGCGGGACAGCGCCGGGGACUCGGAGACCGCCAGGCCCGAGGCCGCGCGGCGUGGGACCGGCCGGCCGGGGCUUCUUCCUUUACCUUUUCUAGCUUCAACUAGGAAGACGUAGGACCACUGGGAUCGCGUUCUGUUUCCUCUUGUUUUGUUUUUCACACGCAGAACUCAAAAGACUGCCACUGGGGCAGAAUCUCACAC